AUGCACGUCCUCCCUCACAAAGCUGAGACGUCCCUCAGUCCUUCACCGGUUGCCUUCCUGCAGCCUCUUUCCAUCCGUGUCCUUAGCUUCCUCAUUGGCCCUUGCGAUGUCCUAAGAAAAGGUCACCCCGCAGUCACAGUCCGCUAUAUCCAUUCUGUCAAGCGAGAAGGCGUAGAAGUGUGGGUCCGUUGCUGCCUUGAAGGGAGGAAUUCUCCGUGGUACGACUAUGCAGACAUCCCCUGGAAAGAGUUCCGGGAGAUUGACGGAGCCAUCCCCGCUGCGAAUUCCAUCCAUGAGGACCUUUACGAGCAUGGAGAAACACUAAUACGGGAGACGCGAGAGAUCGAGCCUAUCACCCAAGAAGAGCAAGAAGAGGUUAUUGUUGCGGAUAAGCAGGUUACCCCUAGCCGCGUCCUUCAUCGAUCAAACUCCGCGGAUGGACACUCUGCUCCUGGGAACGCCGAUCGACCUCAAACCGGACCGAAAAUAUAUCUCCAGGACGUUUGCGAUGUUUACUCCUGUGACGGAGUAUUCAGGGUUAAGGUGAUUGUACUGGAAUCCUUGGAUGGGACUUACCCAAGGCGAAGAGUAGAGGAAAUUCGAGAGGAAAUUUAUACUUGGGCGGGGUUCGAGCGGAAGAAUUUCGAAUACGAGUUGGCUCUCUGGUUCGUUGGCCCGUUCGGUGUUUGCGUGCCUCACUAUUGGUCGGCACAGGCAGAGAUAGUCAUUCUUGCUGACUUGGGCCCCGACGAGGUGCUCUAA